AUGUUAAGAAACAAAUCCAUUACACUACAUUUGAAAAAAUUCCCAAUAUAUUCUAGACAAUCAUGUUCAAAAUCCCUGUUAUCAGAAAAUAGGUCUGUAACUUCUAGCAACACAAACAUGUUUGAGUCUUUAAAAGAGAAAAUGAAGGCAAUACAACACCACCCGCAACCCCAUCGAUCAUCGUUGCGUAAAAAGAAAGUCAGCAUAUACCGUGUCCCAGCCAAGCUACGCAAGAUCGAUGCAAAAUCGUACGAGCCUCAUUUCAUAUCAAUUGGCCCGUACCAUCAUGGUUCGCCUAGCUUGCAAGCUUCGGAGCAGCUCAAAUUGCUCGCUUUAAAUAGUCUUAUUGGUAACUCAGGUACGCAUAAAAUUAGUGUCGAUAAGCUGAUUUCAGUACUACAUAGCAUCGAGCAUGAUGUUCGAGAGUCUUAUUCCGAAGAAAUUGGAUUGAGUAGUGAAAAGUUUGUAGAAAUGAUGCUUCUUGAUGGGUGUUUUAUUGUUCAUCUCUUUAAAGAACUUAACGAAAACGACUUCAAUUCUUGUUUAUCCCUUCUCCCUAAGAGAUGGAUGUUACCUGUUGUUCGUCGUGAUCUAAUCACUCUCGAAAACCAACUACCUAUGAUUGUCCUUAAGACAAUUUACAAGGAAACACGAUCAAAUUCAAACAAGGAAACAUCACUUGAAAGACUUGUACUAAACUUCAUUAACCCAUUAAUGAGAAGAGAAAAGAAUGUUCUAGAACAAUGCAUUAUGGACUUAACCACUAGUAACAAAGAUAAGUGUUAUCAUCACCUUUUGGAUGUUUUUCAUUCGAGUCUGAGCCUUCGAAAGGCGAAUAGAGGUAAAGAACCUCAUAUGCAUAGGUCAAUAACAGAGCUAAAAGAGUCUGGUAUCAAGAUACGCGUGCGUGAGGACACCCAAUUACUCGACAUAAAGUUCAAGAAUGGGGUGUUAAGGAUACCCGGAUUGCAGAUGGACAAUCAUACAGGCAGUGUCUUAAGGAAUAUUGUCGCAUACGAGCAGUGCCACCACGACUGCAAGCCUGAUAUGACAGCGUACUUAUUCUUCCUCGACAAGCUCAUUAACUCUGCUGACGAUGUUGGACUAAUGCACUACGAAGGCGUGAUACAACACUCCUUAGGGAGCAACAAACAAGUGGCUAAACUUGUUAAUAAUCUUUGCGUCGAAGUCGAAUAUGAUGGUAACGAGUCUUAUUUAUGUGACGUUGUAGAAAGUAUUAAUUUGUAUUCUGGCCGUUGGUUGAUUAAGGUUAAGACUAGACUUAAACAUGAUUAUUUUACUAAUUUGUGGGUUGGGAUUUCGACAUUAGCUGCACUUUUGAUGAUUUAUCUUACGGUUUUGCAGACGAGUUGUGAUAUAAUCGAUGCUCAAGAAAAGUAUUAUAAGGGUAGGACGGGAUUAUGGUUUGGGCUUCAUAGGUUCCUUCUUCAUCCUAUUCAGGGUGUUAAGGAUACAAGUUGGUCUGCUUUAAGCUUCAUUAAUGGGGUUGUUUUUCCUAACAAUUCUGUCAAAGAACCAACUCAACCAGAAUUUUAAACUUAAUGUUGAAGCAUCAAGAUAUGUUAUAUAUUC